UAUGGCAGGUGGCAGAGGGCCCUGGCACCCCUGGUUCUGGGGCAGUUCUGCCAGAGCCCUGCCCUCUUCACCUGGGCCCUGGGGAGAACACAGGCCCCACUUCUGGUGACCUUUAAUUAAGCCAGGGCUGAGAACCCUGACCCCUGCCACAGCAGAGCCACUUGGGAUUGGCUGGCAGGAUUCUGUGACAUCACAGUCACUGAGAAUUGUGCACUCUUGGUUGUCGGCAACCAGUGGCCAGUCGUGCAUCUACUGCCCAACUGACCAGAUGUUGGUAGCGUAGGCAGGAAGCACAUUUCAUAGAAUCUAAUGGAUACUCGAAGGAGAUUGGAUAUGGACGCCCUGAGGUCCGGCAGGGCCCAGGAGCGAGCAGCAACCAUCUUGAAAUAUGAGCAGGGUCCCCGUAAAGGGCCCCAGUUUCACCUGGGAGAAGAGGACAACGAGAGUGGAGCCCUUGUCCCAGACAAACUUGGCUUCCUGCGUAAGCAGAAGCCGCCCAGGCAUGGAUGCCUGGCAGUGCAAUGGCGUAAACAUCAGGAGGGCCGCCGACUGCAAAAAUGGAACAAGAUGCUGCGAAAUUUCACCAAGUACCGCAGCAGUGAGAAGUUCCACCGGAGAAUUGAGAAAGGCAUCCCUGCCCAGGUGCGUGGCAAGGUGUGGGCCAUGAUGCUCUCCGUGGAUACCAGGAAGGCCCAGAACCCUGGCAAAUUCGAGGAGAUGAAGGAACGGGCCAGGUUGUGCUCAGAUCAAGUCCAACAGAUCGAUGAAGAUGUAGCACGCACGUUCAGAAGUCACAUCAUGUUUCGAGAGCGAUACGGAGCCAAACAACGCUCCUUAUUUGAGGUGCUCCUCGCAUACUCAAUGUACAACCCCGAAUUGGGCUACAGCCAGGGCCUAAGCCACGUGGCAGCCCUGCUGCUGAUGUGGCUGAGUGAAGAGGAUGCUUUCUGGGCACUAGUCCAGCUCAUGGGGGACAGCCAGCACGCGAUGCAUGAUUUCUACACACCGGACUCCCCAAAACUGGAGCGAUUCCAGCACCACCUGGGAGCUAUCAUGCGUCGCGUGCUCCCCUCCCUGGAGAAACACCUGGAGAAGGAGGGUGUGUGCCUUGAGGACUACACCGCCCACUGGUACAUCCAGUGCUUCCUGGAUGGGGUGCCGUUCCCCCUGGCACUUCGGAUGUUCGACAUUUACAUCCUUGAGGGCGCGCACGUACUCACCGGCAUGGUGUACACCGUCCUCAAGGUCCACCGAAAGCGCCUGAUGAAGAUGUCCAGGGACCACAUCCGGGAGUUCCUGCAGGUGACCCUGAAGCAGGCCUGGUCACUGAGCGAGGAUGCAGUCAUCAGGCAGCUGCGGGCCUCCAUGCAUGAGCUGGGGAAGCUGCAGUGCCUCCUGCCUCCCGAAGGUGAGUCCAGCACAUGGCCCCGUCCCAUGCUCCCUUGGGGGAGUCAGUAGUGGGAGUGCCAGGCCCUGGCAGCCCCACCCAGGGACUCACCUCUUCCUAGUCCUCCUUGUCCUCCCUGGGCUCAGCAGUUCUGCUUUCAGGAGCUUCUGACAGCAUGGCCUGGCGGGGCCUCGGGCAGCUUCCCUGGAUCCUCCUGCGGGGUGGUCCAGCCGGCACUGGAUCCCCUUCAGCCAUCUGAGGACCCCUGGAAGGCCCACGUGCCCUGAACCCAGUAGUGGGGGCCGAGUCCACUCCUGUGAGCAGGGUGGGCGCAGAGGCAGGCGCUGGGGGCCCCCACGGCAGAACCCAAGUUCAGCUGAGUGUGGGCUCUGCAGUCCUAGCCUUGGGCCAACAGAAGUCAGCAGGACCCGGAGCAGCAGUGGCCUCUGGGCUC